ACGACGCUGCCAUGUUUGCAUAUUUUCGUCCGAUAAAAGUUUUUCCUUUUGUUUACAUCGAAUUGUUGUUAUAAAUUGUCGAAUAAAUGCAUUAAGGCAGAGCUGGUGGUUCGCGAUAGUUGGUGCAUAUUGUGCAUUGAGUUUCAUUCUAUCGGUUGGUUCAUCGUUUGCAGUGCGAGAGACGCUUUGGUUGGCUAGAGCGACGCUUGAUGUGUGUGUGUUGGGCGACGACUGCACGACAAAGUCGCUGAGUAGGAACAACACCUUCUGAAAGCAAUAGGAAGUGAAGUUAGCCAUUGGUAGAUAGGGCGAUCGGUGGGCACCUUCGAGUACGAUGGAGCAAUUAAUAGUAAGGAACAUCGAGCUGGAUAAGAUUUGCCGCAUCUGUCUGGCAGUGAAGAAAGACAUGCGUCCACUUUUCGGUGAAAUGAUUGCAGAAAUGUUGAUGGAAAUCGCCAAGAUACAGAUCGAACAAAUGGAUGGUUGGCCGGACAAAAUAUGCCUGCAAUGCAUCCACCAGGUGAGUCGCUGCCAUGCGUUCAAAUCCCGCGUGGAAAAGUCCGACUCAGCACUGAGGCAGUACAUCAAGGGCAUCACGGUAGCGGUAGAUACAGAAAACAAAGAUUGCAUGCCAUCGGAUAUGGCAAAGAUGGGCUUAAGUCCGCCGAAACUUCAACAAUUGGCGCCGGCGAUGCUACCCCCGCAGCUACACGAGCUACACAUCCAGCGAACCGACAUGCAAGCAAUCCAGACAGAAGCUCCAAUGGCGGCACCUGCAAUGAUACUGACCAGUGCGCAACUAAUCAAUGCCGGGGCACAAAUCAUAAACACCGGCCACAUAAUAACGACGGCGACUGGCCAACAGAUAAUCCAGACUACUCCGCAAUUCCAAGCUGCCUCCAUCGGGCAGUUUAUACAGGGUCCAAACAAUACCGUACAAAUGAUCACCCAGAACGGCCAUCCGGCCCACGUGCUACAGAUUCAACGCACUGCAGACGAUCGUUGCGAGAUCAUAGUGCAGCCAGAUCUUACAGAGGCGCAGUACAUAGAGAAUGUUUCAUCUGUGCCGCUGAUGGUGACGGCUCCUGCGGCAACUGCCGCCAUGCCAACCGAUGCAAUGCACGCGCAUCAAUUGCAGCCUCAUCCACACAUGGCCGUUGAGCAGCCGGAACACAUAGAGCUGGAGGAGAGCGAACCGGACAUUCAGAUGCACGAAAAGCUGGACGAGGAUGUGGAGUACAUUAUACCGGACGACGAAACGAUCGAGACGGACGAAAUAAUCGAGGAAAGUCCGGGCGUGGAAGAGGCCGAAACGGAAUACUACGCCGAGACGGAGUGUGAAGAAUCGGACGAAGAAGAGAAGCAGAUUGCGGAAUUCCUAACGAAUCAAACAUCGUGCCCCGGCCCAGGACGGUAUGUGUGCAAUCUUUGCCAUAAGGAGUUUAAUCAAGCAAAAUGGCUACAUCAUCACAUGUCGUCUCACACGAAUUGGAUCAAGGCGAACUGUAAAAAGCAACCGGAAUGUCACAUUUGCCGUAAAAGCUUUCGUGGACCGGGAAUGUUGCGAAUGCACAUGAAAACACAUGAGAAAAAGGACAAGAUACCCACAUGCAGCAUUUGCAACAAGGAGUUCAAAUCGAAAUCGAUACUGUACCGCCAUCGACAGACGCACUUUGAGAAAAACUUCGAAUGUUCCAUUUGCGAGAAGAAGUUCAGCUCCAACUAUCAGCUAAACAUCCACGAGCAGCGUCAUAAUAAGGAGAAAAUUUACAAAUGCCCUCACUGUGAUAAAUCAUACUUCCACGAGUCGGAGCUGAAGGAUCACAUCCAGCAUCAUAUGGGCACAACGUUGCAGCAGAAUAAAAAAAUUGCCAUCAGCCGAAGUUAAUCGGAAGCAAUCGCCGUGCCCGCGGAAAGCUGCGACCGAUAAUAGCGCAAAAAUAAGCAACAUUUCAAAAUAGAGCAAAUAUUUAUCACGAAUCGUGUGUAGCAAAAGAGGGGGGGGGGAGCGAAGCGAAUACGCAGGAGAAGGCAAGGUUUGUUGAGAAUACUACACCCCAGCAGCACACCGAAGAGCUUAUCGAACAGGUUUCGAGAUCUUAACUGCAACAGCUCUGUAAAUUGGGAUCGAUUGCGUUUUCGGUGCGGUAUUUGCUAUCGUUGCACUAUAUUGCCUUUUCGGUUUUGGUAUUGCCUCUCCAACGCACUCUUUCGUCAUUCUCAUUUAUUUACCACAACAACUCUGGUGCAAUUUCGUAGAUUCCAGUGAUCGUCAUAACGGACCACCCCACUGCGCAAUAUGAUCAGAGCGUUGCUGAUUGGAACUGCAGCACAUUAUUAACUGUAUAGUAUUUCAGUUGGAAGACAACCUUUUAAACAAUCCUUUAAACGGUCCCGCGACCUCUAAGCCACCCAGCAAUCUGGCCAUCUGGUUGAGGUGCAGUUUAAAGGAGCUGCAGUUGAAUUCAGCCAUGCUGUAGCGCAAAGCUCUAUCUACCAAUUAAGGCGAUUUAAUUUAAUGUCCACCAUUUUCUUCCAACCGAAUUUCGCUUCGCUACUCGUUUAUGACGCAAACUGCUUAACACUGUGUUGGGAGAUCGAGUGAAAUCGAAAGUACAUGAGCGUACACGUUUUCUCUUUUGCAACUUUUAAUUGAUUUUUAAUUUGAAUCCAGUUUGAUGUUGAGGAUUGCAUUGCAUUCGUCGGACCUAUUUUGCAUUCCUGUUCCGGAUGUAUAUCAAGUAUGAUUCCUUGCUGGAGUGUCCGGAACUGUUUUCAAUGCAGGAAAGUGCAAUUUAACUGAUUGUUUGCUGAAUGGCAACAGAACAGUAACGACCGCGUACAAAAAUUGCUUAACAAAGUGAGAGAGGAAAAAGGGUGGCUAUUAAACACACACACACACACACGGCCAAACUUUUGUUCGAUCUCUCGAAACACAGUGCAAACCAUAGUAGGAAGCAAGCUGCUGGUAGCAAUAGGAAAUUGGCAAACGAAACAUGAUUAUUUUUAGCAAAUUUAGUUACGCAAAACAUUGCCAAAUGGUUUUGGGAUUUGGAUUGUUUAUCGUUAUUGUUUAGGAGGAGCAGGAGUGCCGGAGAUCCGCUUUCAGUAGAACUUAAACACUGUACAUAUACUGAUUAUGCUGUAAAUAAACAAGUUCUUCAUAAAAUAAAUAACGCGAUUUAAAGUAAAAAGCAAAA